AUGGCAUCACAGAAGGAUGAUCGACCCGUAUGGGUUUACAUCAUUUUUCGAAAGAAUCAUUGCAGUGGACACGAGAAAAUGACUGUCAAUAUGAGCUUCGAUGGACCAAUCUUCUGGAAACGACAAGUGGCUUAUAUUUAUUGCUGUAGCUGCCAUUUUCAUGAACAUGAGGGGCCUUUAUUAGCACUGCUAAGGAAAUUGGAGCAUCGAGUGAGACGUGUAUGUAUUGUGGAUACGCCCGUGGAUUACGCUUUUCUGCCAGAUAGUUUCUUUUCCUAUAUGGCCAGAAGUAUGCCUCGUCUUCAGUUUAUAUACUUGCGUGAAAUUGAUCUCGAGAAGAUUAAUCGUGGGACGAUGGUUGAAUUAGCCCAACAUCCUCAGCUCAAAAAGCUUAUUGUGCACAAAUGCCGAAAUUAUGAAGUUUUUGAAGACUUCCAUAAUCUACCUCAAUUAUUGGUCGUUAAAGGAGAUAUUGUUGGCUUAAAAGCGAUGAUCGGUGACUAUCCGGAACCUGAUGAAUUCAUGAUUGGAUCACAAAAAUUAGAUGGCAAACCUGAUGACACCGAUUUAUCAAUCAGUUCUGAGCUAGCCGUAUCAUCUGAAGAUGCCAUUACAUCAUCGACUUCAUCAUAA